AUGUCAUUAAAAUUCUUUAUUUCCGCCAUCUUUUUCUUCGAGUUCAUAUCAAUUUGGUACGGUUGUAAUGGAUAUGGUAUAAUGGGCACAAUCACUCCAAAUGUUACUGGUCUCAUUCCAUAUGCAACGAUCUCCCAAACAAUUUCUUUGUAUGCGACCAACAUUAAUAUGAUAUUGACGGUUUAUCAACAUCUAAUUAAUAAUACGCUUCAAGAUACAUUACAAGUAAUAACUGGUAAUACCAAUGUUGAUUCAACUAAUCGAUGUAUCGCUUAUGGUGUGUCGUUCUCAUUCUGGGGACAAUAUCCAAUAAUAAACAGUCAAGAGACUGGAAAUGGUGGUUGUGAUGCAAUUCUUGGGCGUGAAUGCUCACAAAGUAUCCAUAAUUUAUUAAAACAAUCUUUUGAUGAUAUUAAUAGUACAAGUUGUGGAGUUCGCAAUCAAAACAUUCUUACAGACCCUCCUACAGGAUGUCGACUACCAAAAACUACAGCAAGUACUUUAAUCAGUUCUACAUUUUUGAAGAAUGGUUCGUUCACGACUGGUGAAUCAUCAACAGCAAACUCAUCAAAUACAUGGAUGUAUCGUAAAAAUUAUCCAUCUGUCGAUAAUGGCGAUGAUGAUCUGAUGAAAUCUUUUGUUUUUACAUAUUUCGUGGGGCGUCCUUAUUCGUCAGGCAUUAUCGACAGUGCUAUUGCAUGUUUUUCUAUUUAUAACACAACUGUAGGAUCAAGCACAAGAGCACAACUUAAUGGUAUGGCGACACAACUUUUUGUCUCUGAAAAAUUUUUAAUUUUUUUGUCAUUAUCACACGUCUUUUCUCGAUUUAUGGUAUAUUUACCAUCUUGA